AUGGGAGGAAUUACUUCAAGUCAAAAAACACCUAAAAUCUCUGUUCCACAAUAUGGACCAUCAUAUAAUCCAGCAGUACCAUAUGGUACGUCUCCACCAAUGAAUCCGUAUAAUAAUGUCAUUAGAAAUUCUCCACCUCUUAGUAAAAAAGAGCAAAGAAAACUUAUUGACGCUUAUCAAACAAUUCAAACCUUCCAGAAUCGAAUGCCUCCCAUGGCACGACCUAAUAGUAUGAGUUCUUUACCAUCACCUUACUCUACUGGUCCAUCACCAUCACCACCACCCCCUUACGGUAAUCCUCCUAUAAUGAAUGUAUCGCAACCAAGUCCUCUUCUUCAACGUGCUGCAUAUGGGCAGCAUCCAUAUCCACCUGUAUCAGGUGGUUUUCGAGAUACAGAUUUUGCAGCUGUUGCUAACAUUGCUGGACUGCAUCCAACCGAUGUAGCACUCCUUCAUAGAGAAUAUUCGAAUUUAACACGUGGUGGUAGAAGUAAAAUUGAUCGUGUUGUCUUUCGUCAAUUAUUACGCGAUGUCCUUGUAGAAGCAAAUAAUGAAAAUGUUGAUCGAUCUCUCGAAAAUAUAUUCGUUAGCAUUGAUCGAAAUCAUGAUGGUUUUAUUGAUUUUCCUGAAUUCGUUGGCGCUUUUCGAGAUGUAUUAAAAGGAGAUAACCCGGAUUCAACAAAUAUUUCUCCACAAUUUGGUCUUUCUGACUUAAUAAAUGAACAAUUACGAGCAAACAUAGCUCCGUCUACUCUUGUUUAUCAACCGUUACCUCAACUUCAACAACCAACAGCACAAGUUAUUUCAGUACCUUCUACCGGCAUUCAACAACAACCAGUUGUUUAUAAUGGAAGCGCUCCAUUAGUAAUUUCAGUCGAUUCAAAUCAAUCAUCCUAUAUACCUAAUAUGCAAGGUCAACAAUUCCUAACACAAUCACCAAGUUUACAAUAUCUACCUAUAUCUAUGUAA